GAAAGAAAACCCCCAAAAAAUCUAGGGCUUCGAUUUGAAAUAAUUUUUUUUUUUACAAAUGGUGAUUAGUGUCAAUUUUAUAGAAUAAAAUGGUCUCAAUUAUGCUUUCAACUAUAGUAAAUUUAUAGUAUUGAGCUCCAUUUGAAUGGGGACAGCUGAUUGUUCUGUGAUCAAGAGAAGUUCUGGAAGAAAGAAGCUGGUUUCAAUAGCCGUAAUUCCAAAGGGGAAUUGAAUGAAGCAUGCAUGAAACCCUAUGAAGAAGAGACUUGACGACGGCAAGAUGACCGUAGAAAUGUCACUGAGGCUCAAACCUCUCUUACAGUCUAUGGGUCAGUCUAUGCAUAUUUCUGAUACUACUGGUUGCAUAAUUUACUGGAAUCGCAUGGCAGAGCUCCUCUUUGGACACUCUGCAUCAGAAGCACUUGGCCAGAAUGUCUGUGAGUUACUCGUACAUUUCCAAGACGCUGAUGAAGGAAAUGAAAUAGUGGAGAGGAUUAUCGCGGGAGAAGAUUGGACAGCACAGUUCCCAGUAAGGAAUAAAGCAGGGGAAGCUUUUUGUAUCAUUGUGACCAGUACCGCAUUAUAUGAUGACGAUGGUAGUUUGGUAGGGAUUAUUUGUAUAUCAGGUGAUGCAGAUCCCUUUAGAGAUGUUUUCGCUCCAUCUUCUGGAAAAAUUUCUUCUAAAGGUUGUUCAAGCACUAGAUGGCUUAGGAGUUCUAGCUCUACAGUUAAGCCUGGUGUUAAUACUCAGCAACCUCUGCAAGAUAUGGUCGCCUCAAAGAUAUCGAAUUUGGCAUCUAGAGUGUCCAACAAAGUUCCGUUAAAAAUGAAGACUAACGAGAGCACUUUGGGGCCGGAAGUGCAGUCUGGAGAUAGCCAUUAUUUUGAUCACAGGGAGGAUCUAAGUUCGAGUAGAGAUAGCACGCUUAGACGAGGCAUACUCCUAUCUCCCUUUGGUGUUCCUAUCAAAGAUACCCUAGAGAGAAGAUCCCUUGACCAACCUGUUAGAGAUUCUGGUCGUGAUGAUGGUGAUGGGAUGAUUGGGACGUACAAGAAAAUAACCUCUAAGGCAGAGGCUUGGAUUAGCAAAAAGGGGAUAUCAUGGCCAUGGAUGGGAAGUGAGCAGGCUGUGUUGGUAGCACAAACUACCCAUGAUGUCAUUCCACUCGCGAAUCGUGAUGGCGAAAUUGACUUUGAUCGACAGAAUAAUUCUGAUUUUAAUGAAAGGCUGGGGUUCCAGGUUGUUGGCAAUAACCAGUUAGAAUGUGAAGCCCCAGGUUGUUGGCCUCCUUCUGUUGUCAAAUGUACAAGCAAUAAAAGAAGCAGUGGUAUUCGAAAAGGAGACAUGGAAACAUGUUCCUUGGAUUAUGAUAUCUUGUGGGAAGACUUGAAAAUCGGGGAAAAAAUCGGUCAAGGUUCAUGUGGAAGUGUGUAUCGUGGUCUGUGGUGUGGCUCGGAUGUUGCAUUAAAGCUAUUCUCAAAAGAUGGUUACUCAGAUGACUUGCUGCAUUCCUACAGACAAGAGGUUUUACUUAUGAAGAGGUUCCGACAUCCAAAUGUACUACUAUUUAUGGGGGCAGUAGCAUCACCUCAGCAUCUCUGCAUUGUUACAGAGUUCCUGCCAUGCGGGACACAGAAAUUAGAUUGCAGGCGACGUUUUCUCAUGGCUUUGGACAUUGCACGGGGUAUGAAUUAUCUUCAUCUUUGCAACCCACCUAUUGUUCAUCGUGACUUGAAGUCAUCAAAUCUGUUGGUUGAUAAAAACUGGACUGUGAAGGUUGCCGACUUUGGUCUCUCAAAAUUCAAGCAGCAAACAUUCCUGUCAACAUUGACCGGACGAGGAACACCGCAGUGGAUGGCUCCAGAGGUUCUCCGUAAUGAUCGGUCAUAUGAGAAGUCUGACAUUUAUAGUUAUGGAGUAGUAUUGUGGGAAAUUGCCACACAAAAGAUCCCUUGGGAUAACUAUAACUCAAUGCAGGUAAUUGGAGCUGUAGGAUUCAUGGACCAACGACUUGACAUUCCAAAAGAAACGGAUCUAGAAUGGGUCUCUAUAAUUGAGAGCUGCUGGCAAAGGUGCUCAUCUUCUACGUGUUUCUUUAUCACUUGACCCUAAACACUGACCAACGUUUCUAGAAGCAUCUGCAGAGACUUCAUGCCCAAGCAUCCCGCUUAGCACAAGGCAGUGAAACUACAACGUCGGCACCAGAUAUUUGAAUUCGUGGCGCAACAUCAGCACCAGAAAUGUCUGGUUGGUUUGAUUCAUGGUCAUCAUAUUUCGAGGUUGUGUUUCAACCUCUAGAGCUCAGAUUGGAGCGUAAAACUUGAACUUGACAUGACAUUAUGCUGCUCUUUCCGGUUGGAAGCAAAGCAUCAAACUUUUAUGCUGUAAAGAAGGAAUACACUUAUUUUUUUUCUUUUGUUUUGUCGCCAUUUCCCAGUAAACUUGUUUUUGCUGAACUCUCUCAAUUUAUUGGACUUCAAAUUUAGAUAA